CCAUACGUUCAUACGUAAACCUAUCUAUUUGAAAUAUGAUAUAUCGAAAUCUGUGACAAAUAUUAAGAUACAUUUAUAUAUAUAAUAUACAUAUAUAUGUAUGUAUGUGUACAUAUAUUGUUCUAUAAAUUAAAAUAUAUAUUUAUGAAUUUAAAACAUGGAUAAUUGGUUAAUUAAUAAUGAUGAACAAAUGUGGAAAUGGAAUUGGACAGAAUUAUGUGGGUAUCAAGGAAGUAUUAAACCUUUAAAUACAAAUACACAUGAUCUUGAUGUUUGUUUUCAACAACUUUGUCUUCAGAUUCCAGUUUUAACCUGUAUUGCUAUAAUUUCUGCUUAUCACUGUGGAAAAAGAAAUGUAUAUUCUAUACGUCAUUAUGGUUCUAAUUAUUUUAUAAAUUUAAGAAUUAUAAUUACAAUAUGCCUUGUAAUUCUUCCUAUACUCAGAGCAUAUAUUAUUGUUACUAAUACUGUUCUUGAUCCAUCAAACGAUAAUUCUAUACAAAAAUAUACUAUGAUUUCAACCAAAAAACCAGAAUUAUCUAUGAAUAGUUCAAAUAUAUUACAUCAAAUUCAAGAGGAAUGGAAUCAUACUAUUGAUAUUGCAAAAUCAAUCUUUUUUCCAAAGAACAGUAUUCAAAAUACCACACAAUCUUCUAUUAUUACUACUACACAAGAGUACAACCCAAUAUUUACUACAAUCAAAAACAAAAUCACAUCUGCCAAACCUAUUGAUUAUCUUGUGGCAGGUACUGAGGGAUUAGCAUGGGUUGUUCAUCUUUGUUUUAUAUUAAGUUUAAAAAAAGGAAGAGAUUUUAAUCCACGUGGUCCUGUUUCAAUUCGGGCAUUAAUACUUUUAUUAAUUGUUAUUUCUGCAUUGCUAUUAAGAAGUCAUAUCAAAUAUAAUCCUCAAAAUGAUGUUUUACCAAAUUUAUCAUUGGGAUUUAGUAUUAUUGUAGUCACUCUACUAAUACUUUAUGCUUUAACACUGAUACCAGGUCACAAUAGUUUACGAGACAUGAGAUCAUCUCAAUAUAAUGAAAUAGGAGAACGGACUGCAUUAUUGAGUAGUCCUAAUUCUUCCUAUGUAAGGUUUCCUGAAGAACAAGACCCAAUAUAUCUUGGGACUGCUAUGGAGGAUGCAACUGCAACCUCUAAGCUUAUAUUUCAUUGGGUAAAUUCAUUAAUGGAAAAGGGUGUUCAUGGCUUAUUAAAUCAUUCGGAUGAUUUAUUUGACUUACCAGAAUAUAUUAGCACUAAUACAAUUAAUCAGAAGAUUAAUAAACAUUUGCAAAAUAUGGCUGGUGAUAUAACUAAUACAAUGGAAAAUUCUGAAUCAACAUUAGAAACACAUGUUCAUAUAAUUACAAACAAAAUAACUUUGUUUAAAUUAUUACAUAAAUGUUUUGGUUGGGAGUUUUAUUCUGUUGGAAUAUUAAAAUUUAUCACUGACUCCACUUCAUUUAUGGGACCAUUAUUACUAAAUAAAUUAAUUGGUUUUAUCGAAGAUAAAAAUGAACCUAUCAUGUAUGGAUAUCUAUAUGCAUCAUUAAUAUUUGUAAGUGCUUUAAUAGGAGCAUUUUGUAAUACUCAUUUCACAUUUUGGAUGUCUGUAGUUGGUUUAAAAAUUCGUUGUACUGUUGUAACAUUAUUAUAUAGAAAAAUUUUGCAUUCUUCAAAUGUGCAACUUAAACAACAAUUUAAUUUUGGUGAAAUUGUUAAUUUUAUGACUACAGAUAAUGAUAGGGUUGUUAACAGUUGUGCAAGUUUUCAUGCAUUUUGGAGCAUACCAUUACAGUUAAUUAUAACAUUGUAUCUUUUGAAUAAGCAAAUAGGAGUUUCAUUUCUAGCUGGAAUUACUUUUGCAAUAGUACUUAUACCUAUAAAUAAAAUAAUAGCAAAUCAAAUUGGAAAAUUUAGUACAAAAUUAAUGGAAUGCAAAGAUCAAAGGGUUAGACUUAUAGGAGAAAUAUUACGUGGAAUAACUACCAUUAAAUUAAAUGUUUGGGAAGACCAUUUUUUGCGAAAUGUAUCAAAAUUACGUGAAAAUGAAAUUAAAUAUUUGCGUGGUAGAAAAUAUCUUGAUGCUUUAUGUGUUUACUUUUGGGCAACAACACCUGUCUUAAUUUCCAUAUUAACAUUUGCUACAUAUGUACUUCUUGGGAAUAAACUUGAUGCAAAGACAGUAUUUACUAGUAUGGCAUUAUUAAAUAUGCUAAUAGCUCCAUUAAAUGCAUUUCCAUGGGUUUUGAAUGGCCUUACAGAAGCUUGGGUAUCACUUAAGAGAAUUCAGAGAAUGUUAGAUUUACCAGAUGCAGAUAUAUCAUCAUAUUAUUCAGAAUCCCCAUCUGGAAUAGAUUUAAUGCUUCAAGAUGUAAUAUUUAGUAUAAAUUCAGAUUCAAAUAUAGAACAAAAUGGUCUUAAUACAUCUAAAGAUGUUUUAAGCCCAUCUGGUAGUUCAGAGUCUAAAAAAACUGUCACUUUUGAAAAUAAUGGUAUUUUUAAUCUAUAUGAUAUUAAUAUUUCAAUUCCAAAGGGUCACUUGAUUGGUAUUAUGGGAGAAGUAGGUAGUGGAAAAUCAUUACUUCUAGAUGGUAUUUUAGGUGAAAUAAUUAAAGUUCGUGGUACAGUAGCAGUAAAUGAUAUUGAAAAAGGUUUUGCAUACGUAAAACAAAAUCCAUGGUUACAACGUGGUACAAUUCGAGACAAUAUUCUUUUUGGAAAAUCUUAUGAUUAUAAUAGAUAUAAGAAUAUUUUAAAAGCAUGUGCUCUAAGUGCUGAUUUAAAUUCUCUGCCUAAGAAAGACCUAACAUUGAUUGGAGAAGCGGGAAACACAUUGAGCGGUGGUCAAAAGACAAGAAUUUCUUUAGCACGUGCUGUAUAUGCUGACAAAGACAUUUAUUUAUUAGAUGAUGUUUUGGCAACUUUAGAUCCAAAAGUUGCUAGUUAUAUAUUUAAACACGUUAUUCUGGGUUUAUUAAAUAAUAAAACAAGAUUAUUAUGUACUCAUCAGACUCGAUAUUUAAUGUAUGCAAAUUUAGUAAUAGAAAUGUCAAAGGGCAGAAUCAUCAAUCAGGGUAAACCAAAUGAAGUUUUAUCUGACUUAGAAGAUUAUUUAUUAUCAUCAGAUUCUAUAGAGUCUGAAUUAAAUACUAUCUCUAUAAGUGAUUUACCAAAAGAAAUGUAUCAAGCAGAUAAAGAUGAAAAAGAUCCCUUACUUGAUGAAGAAUAUAAAGAAAAAGGCAAAGUACGAUUUGGAGUAUAUAAUUGUUAUAUAAAAGCAAUAGGUUACUAUUUAGCAAUUUCAAUAAUUCUUUCGAUGUUCUUAAUGCAAAGUUCGAAAAAUGUCACGGAUUUAUGGCUAUCUUAUUGGGUUACUCAUGCCAAUACAACUGUAACUAAUAUCACAGAUAGCACAAAAACUUUGCGAUUAGAAUAUUUUUUUGAUGAUUAUAAUAUGAGUACUAAUUAUUAUCUAACGGUAUAUACACUUUUGGCUAUCUUUAAUACAUUAUUCACAUUAAUGAGAGCAUUUAUGUUUGCAUAUGGUGGAAUUCAAGCAGCAAUUUCCAUACACAAACAACUUUUAAAGAUUGUAGUGCGAGCUAAAGCUGUAUUUUUUGACAUACAACCAUUUGGUAGAAUUCUAAACAGAUUUUCAUCCGAUAUAUACACAAUUGAUGAUAGCCUUCCCUUUAUUGCUAAUAUAUUAUUUGCUCAGUUAUUUGGUUUGAUUGCCACAGUUAUUAUUAUAGCCUAUGGAUUACCAUGGAUACUUUUAGUAUUAGCACCAUUGAUACCAGUUUAUCAUUGGAUUCAAAAUCAUUAUAGAUUAACAUCAAGGGAGUUGAAACGUCUAUCUAGUGCUGCACUUUCACCGUUAUAUGCAAAUUUUAAUGAAACUUUACAUGGAUUAUCUACCAUUAGAGCUUUUCGAACUGUAGCUCGUUUCAAACAAGAAAAUGAACUCUUGCUAGAAAUUAGUCAAAAAACACAAUUUGCAUCAUUUGCUGUCAGUCAAUGGCUUGCAUUAAGAUUACAACUCAUUGGAGUGGCACUUUUAGCGGGAGUGAGCAAUAUAGCAGUUUUACAACAUCAAUAUAACAUUGCGGAUCCUGGAUUAAUAGGUCUCGUUAUUACUUAUACAUUAUCUGUGACUGGAUUAUUAUCUGGUGUGGUAAAUGCAUUUACCGAAACUGAAAGAGAAAUGAUCGCGGUUGAACGGGUAAAACAAUAUUUAGAAAAUGUUCCUAUAGAAACUAUAAAAGGUGAUAAUCCACCGUACGCUUGGCCAAGUCAGGGUGUAAUUGAAUUCAAGGAUGUUGUUUUAAAAUACAGAGAGCAUUUAGUGCCAUCUCUAAAUAAUAUAUCAUUCCUUACGAGACCUGCGGAAAAAAUUGGAAUCGUUGGACGUACAGGUGCAGGAAAAAGUUCUUUAUUUAAUUCGUUAUUUAGAUUAACGGAAAUAAAUUCUGGAAGCAUAUUAAUCGAUAAUGUGAAUAUACAAAGUUUACAAUUGAACGCGAUAAGAUCUCGAUUGGCUAUUAUACCUCAAAAUCCAUUUUUAUUUUCGGGUACGAUUCGAGAAAAUCUUGAUCCGUUAAAUCAGUAUCCAGAUUUGCACAUAUAUAAAGCAUUGGAGAAAUGCAAAAUUCAUUCGUUGGUUUAUCGAUUAGGAGGGCUUGGUGCUACUUUGGAUGAAAAUGGUAGCAAUCUUAGUGCAGGUCAAAGACAAUUGUUCUGCUUAGUUAGAGCAAUUUUACAUAAUGCUAAAAUCGUCUGUAUCGAUGAAGCAACGGCAAAUGUUGAUCAAGAAACAGACAAAUUUAUUCAAGCGACAAUAAAAUCUUCCUUCCAAACUGCUACAGUAUUGACUAUAGCACAUAGAAUAAGAACGAUUAUGUACUGUGAUAGAGUUCUUGUGAUGGGAGAUGGAGAAGUUCUAGAAUUCGAAGAACCAAAUUUACUGAUUCAGAAUAUUGAUUCCUAUUUUUAUCAUUUGGUGAGUCAAGAAUUUUCCGAUAACGAGUGAAAGUCGUUUAUGAUUAUGUAUAUAUCUUCCGAGUAAAAUAUUUAUUUUCUUUUUACGCGAUAAACUUUUUACAAGUGUAUAGUUUUAUAAUAUAUCAUAGUAUUAAUUAUUUUUACUGUAUAUAUAAUGAAACGCGUAUUACGAAUAAGAAAUCUGCAUUUUCUCUUAUAAAUUAUAAUUAUUUUCAUACGAUCCUAUGAGAACUGUAUCUUAAUCUAUAAGAAUAUAAACAAUGUAUUAAUUUAGUAAACGUUUUAUGAAAUUGUGAUAAAAUAUGAAAUUUAUUUGAUUCGUUUA